GGUUCUGCGUUCAUGCUCUCAUUUCUCGCUUCCGUUGAGAUGUUUUCAGAAAACGUUUUUGGCUCAAGCACGCGCAUUGUGACACAUUAUGUUGUCACCAUUGGCCAUAACUUUCCAAAGGCUUCAUGGCCUGGGGUGCCCUUCAAAUUUUCCGAAGACUUUAUGGUCUCGUGGGUGUCCCUUUUUCUUGAAUGACCCAACCACACCAAUUCUCUCUCUCUUAUCUCUCUCUCUCUCUCUCUCUCUCUCUCAUGAUUUAUACCUUCACGGCUCUCUCGUGCACACACUCUGUCUCGUCAUCUCUUCCACUCUCUCGAAUUCUGAAUCUCAAUACAUUUCUAACGCCCUCCAAUUCAAUCUGGUGUUUCUGAAAAAAAUGGAAACCCUAACCCUAGCUCCAUUUCCAAACCUCCCCAUCUUCUUCACCCAGUUCCUAAUCAUCUACCUCAUCGCCCACUUCAUCGUCUUCAAGAAAUGGCCCCCCAAAUUCCGCCCCGAAGCCGCCAGCUGCCUCAUCUCCCUGGCCCACGGCACCCCCGCCGCCUUCCUCGCCUCCCGCGCCAUUCUCUCCCACCCAAACCCUAGCUUCUCCUCGAUCAACACCGAUUCCCAGAACACCGUGCUCGAUUACAGCAUUGCGUACUUCCUGAUGGACCUCGUCCACUACCUCGUCUUCUACCCGAGCGACAUGCUCUUCAUCGGCCACCACCUGGCCACCCUGUUCGUCUUCGCGACGUGCCGCUACGUCGUCCACCACGGGGCUUUCGCGAUCCUCGUGCUUCUCGUUCUCGCCGAGGUCACCAGCCUCUGCCAGAACACGUGGACCCUGGCGAGGGCUAGGAGGGAUGAUUCGGAAUUCGCGGCGAGAGUGUGUGAGUUCUUGUCCCCUCCGUUUUACGCUUUUUACUCUGUUGUUAGGGGUUUGGCCGGGCCGGUGUUUAUGUAUAAGAUGAUUGUGUUUUAUUUGAGUGGGGCUGGUGAUGAUGUGAUUCCUAGGUGGAUUUGGGUAUCUUGGGUAGUUGUGGUCGUAAUGGCGAUUUCUGUUAGUAUAUUGUGGAUUUCGAAUCUUUGGAUCGAGUUGUAUAGGGAAAGAAGUGGGAAAUUUGAGAAGAAAACUAGGUAGAUGAAAUAAGGGUGGUAAUUCUGCCUGUUGUAUGUUUGUUGGAGGAAUUUAAUGGCAAUCAUAAUCUUUUCAAUUUCACGGCAAAA